AUGUCAAAGUUUGGAACGGUGCCACGUGGGUUAUGCAAGAGCGUGUGGGUGGCACUUAGAAGCUGGACGGCUUUUUCGCCAGCUUCAGACGUAAAGUUGGCCGCAAGCCUUCAACACGUCAGGUCCACAUUGGAAAGCGCGGACAAGAUGGAGCAGCAUUUGCACGAGCGCAUGAGGUGCUUCCAGUUGGCUUUUUGGCUGUCAGGCAAUGGCCUGUUUCAAGUCUUUGGAGCCCUUCGUGCUGCGGAACUUGCUGCAGGUGCAUCGUGGGAAACUUUAAAGGAGUUUCUCCCAGAUCGCGCUGCUUCAUCUGAGGACCGUGCAGACGAGGAAAGAAUGCCAUGCUACAACAUUGACAGCGAGUCGGAGGCCAUGAGUGCCCUUUUCGAAGAAGACGACUGA